AUGGCGUAUCAGGACAUCCGUUACAAGCUAAACCAGCUUAAACCGCGAUGUCAUAACCAUGGUCCCAAAUCCAAGAUGUUCUUUAACAAAAUCCACCAACUUAUACUUGAAUCAACACUUCUGUACUACCUGCAAGAAAAGGAAACACAGAAGGGAAAAAGGAAGGGGUAUCUUGCUCCAGUAACUCAACACCCUGGAUGUAUCCGCGCAUCACUGCACACACCCCCGUGGUACAAAGCGCCACAUCGCUGUCCGCCUCUCUUUCAAGACGCCUGGCUCGUCAAGCCACCGACGAUGGAUUGGGGUAAGAGAAACCUUUAUCUACCCCACAUCCAGCAAACACCAACACCAAGCAAGAGGAUCCACUAUGGUGCGCCACACGCCUUCCACAAUCCCUCCACCUUACCUGUGUUGCACGAAGCACAGAGGUGCACUCUUAAUCCUCACGGCUUGAGCUUGCGGCGGCAGAUCGGAAGCUCCGACGAUGAUGGCUGCGACUUCCGGUGGUGCUCGGAUCACAUGGUGGUGAAGGUGGUGGCCGGCGGUGAUGAUCGGUGGUCUCCGACAUUGGCUCCGUCAUGGCUCACGGAAUUCGUCCCGAAUUCUACGACCACCAUAGAUCUCCGCUGUAACUCUCUCACAAGGCACAAAGCUCAAGAACAGAACGCUGCUCGAAAGUUUCUCGAAAGGCACUAA